GCGAAUCGAAACAAGGACUAUUCAAACUAUGGUCAUGACGUCAUCGAGGGUGUUCGUUGUGAACUAGAUGUGAGAGUGAAAAGGGCGCUGAAGGCAGGGGUUAGAAGGUGGAAUGUUGUCCUGGACCCCGGGAUAGGUUUCUCAAAAUCUGUGGAGGACAAUGUGCGCCUGAUUCGGCAUCAUGCAAAAAUAAACAUAUCGGAAACAGUCGGUGGUGCGAUUUCUCAUUCACUGGAUGACUCUCCUCGUCCGGGCCUCGUUGGAUUCCCGACUUUGGUUGGCACCUCCCGUAAAGGCUUCCUCGGAGAUAUCGUAGCACGAGAGACAGCUCGAAAAAAUGCGAAAAACCGAGAUUGGGCUACUGCCGCUGCAGUAACUUCAUUGGUUCAGCAAGGG